CCUUUCUGAUGUUUCCUCUGCAGCUGAAGAGGCCGGCAGGCAGCCGGGAUGGGACACUGCUCACAAGACUACUAUCUCUGCUGGACCACCAGGCUCCUGAGAGUCAUUAACCUUCUCUGUGCCUGCUGCUCUUUAGCCAAGAGUUCUGGAGCUCAUGGUUCUGGGAUUAAAGAAUUUAGAACCCACACUUCUCUGAAGGCAAUCCGAGGAGGUUCUGUCUUGUUGCAUGCAAUCCCAGAGCCAGGAGAACAUACCAGGGUAGAGGAGAGCUUCUGGGGUUAUGGCCCUGAGUCACAGUCUAUACUACUGCUGAGAAUCCGGAAUGGGAAAGAAGACCCACAAUGGUUCGGCCUUGAGGACAAGUACAAGCAGAGGGUCCAGGUGCCCAACAUGACUUCCCUGAGGAUUCACAAUUUGACCUCACAGGACAGUGGGCAGUACUGGACCCAGUUCACAUUUCCUAAAGGAAGACUAAUUAAACUAGUUUUUCACCUUGAUGUUUAUGAUCCUGUGCCCCCUGCCCAGAUCCGGGCCACAUCAGUGUCUAUCACACCCAGCUGGUGCAAUGUCACUCUGGAGUGUGGGGCCACAGGGGCUUUAGAUGUGCUGAAUGUAACCUGGGGCAGCAAGGGCCUCCCCACGGAGCUAGAGCAGAGAGGGACACCAGGAUCCACCGAUCCCGGGACCCUGGCCGUGAGCCUGCCUCUGAGCCAGCCCAAUGUCAGCCUCACCUGUGUCGUCAGCAAUCCAGUGGACCAGAAAAAUGCCACCGUAGACCUUGUUGACAUCUGUAGCCAAGACUCAUAUGGAGAUCGCACAGCUAUCCUCAUGGGAAGCAUCCGAAUGAGCUACUUGGCUGUGAUUUUGAUCCUUGUAGCUGGAAUCUGCCUUUGGAUGAUCUACGAGAAAGUGAUGGAGAUGAGAAGAAGCAGUUGAGGAACAAUACCUGGAAGAGAAGGGUCUUGCCCUUAGUGUCUACAGUGAGGUCCAUAACUGAGGACAGCCCACGAAGAUCGCUUCAUUGAAGGAAGCAGCAGAAUCUGGCACUUGUGAGAGACCUGUACUCUGAGCCCAGCACACACAGACAUCUACCUCCUCCAGCCUCAGUCCAGCUCCAGACGCCCCUGGAGAUGGUGUACCUUCCUGAGCACACAUGAACUUGUUACUUCUUCUGAUGCCUUCCCAAUCUGCCCUCAUACUCAGACCUUCAUGCCAGCCAAGCAAAGUCUCUUCUUCUGUGCUUGACCUAGCUUCCAACCCCUCUUUUUGAGAAACCUUUCCAAAGAGAACCCUGCCUGGUUAUGCAGGUGGAAAAUCCUCACCACCUCUGCUGUGUCACUGGUCUGUCCUGAGAACACUAGCGUAAGUGGUGGGACUGUGAAGAGGUGGGGACAUUGCCCCAGAAGUUGGAGUUAAGAUGGGUUCUGCAUGCUGAAUUGGGGGUUGGUGGAGGCAGCACACAUUAUGGGAGCCCAAGCUCCUUUGCAGACCUGGUGUAGGACUCCCUUGGGAGUGUCAGGAUCUGUGUGGGGUGCGGGGGGAGUUUCUAAUACACCUAAUACACCAAGCCAUAGCUAACCUGAAUUUAAGCUGUUGUCCAUUGCAAAUUCAUCUCCAUGUCAAGUAGAAAAAGGAAUCCAUACUGCCUCAGGCCCUCCUCAGGCUUCUCUUUUCCUGACUCUGGACCCCCACACAGAGUCUUACUAGUCUUACUAGUCUUAGGAGAUUAGUAUCAACACUCCAUGCUUGGGAUGAAGGGCCCUGGUGAGAAUGGGAGUGCAAUGGCCCCCCAGGUCCCUUGAUGAGGCUGCUGUGGGCUCUGAGGUGCAAAGUCUGUGGGAAAGUCUGACCCAGCCUUCUCCAGGCUCUCCUACUGACCCGCAGUCCCCUGAAGCCCUUCUAGCCCCAAGCCUAAGGUCAGCCUCCUCUGGGCUCACACAGGUCUGUCUGCCUUCCUUCUCCAUGUUCCUACUCCACAACCACCCCUGCCUGUUGAAAUCCUACCGUCCUUCUCAAAUCUCUCUUUCAGCCUCCUGUUCCAAGGAGCCUUGUCUGGAUCCCAGAGUUUUGAAAAUAGGCUCUCUCAUAUUCAGUCUCUUUCAACAUUUGAAAAUCACUCAGGCCUCUGCCACAGUCUGUCCUGGAUUGGAGUCAUUUCUUAUCCACUGGACUAAGCUAGGACUCCCUCAGAAGGAUCAUGAAACUGGGGAAGGUCAAUUCCAAGGACAACAUGUACCUCUUGUCAUGAAGAAUCUCGACCCUUCUCCCCAUUUGCUUAGGCCUUGAGCAAAUGGCAAGGAAUGGUGGUGUUCUUGCACAAAAGGCCCUCAGUUAUAGUCAGCAAGAAAAUGAGAACUUCAGUUUUAUAACAGCAAAGAACAGAAUUAUAGUAACAACCUUAAUGAGCAGGAAAUGGAUUCUGCCUUAGAGUCUCCAGAAAGGAGCACAACCUUACGACUCCCUGACUUUAUUCCACAUCAGACUUUUGACUUCCAGAACAAUAAUACAAUAAGUUGGUGUCAUGUUAAGAUGCUAAGGCUGUGGUGAUUUACUAUGGCAGAAUGAACAAAUGUCAUGCCAUUUUAUGGUUUUAAACACCUUGAGUACUCCAGAGUUUCUAGCCUGGGUAUCUCCACUAGACUCCAUAUUGUAAAAUCUAACACUUCACAUGACAUCUCCAGUUUGACAUGCCUAAAAGUAAACUCUCUGAACAUGUUUCCCACAGUGUUCCCAUCUCAAUAUCUGUCACCUCUAUUCUUCCAUUUGUUUCAGCCACAAAACCAUGGUGGCAUCUCACUUUCUUUUUCUCACACCACACACUCUGUCUGCAGAUACAGCUAUCAAUUCAAUCAGCACACAAACCACCACAAUGAUCCAAUCAUCUCUCACCUACACCAUUUUGUAAGCCUUAUAGUCUCACUGCUUGUUUUUAAUUCUUUAAAGUUUAUCUUCAAAUUCAUACCCACAGUGAUCCUUUCAAAAUGUAAGUUGUGUCCUGUCACUCUUCCUUUAAGUAGUUAU